AUCAUUUCCAAGAAACUGUAUGGUCCCAUGUGGAAAUCCAAGUUUGGCUCAUACAAUAAUAUCAAUAUUGGCAGUCCUGAAGUCCUCGAGCAGCUGUUGCGUCAGGAAGGGAAGUACCCCAUCCGGAGUGACAUGGCCCUCUGGAAGGAGCACCGGGACAAGCGAGACCUGCCCUACGGUCCCUUCACAGAGGAUGGGGAGCGGUGGCAUCGCCUGCGGCAGGUGCUGAACAAGAGGAUGCUCAAACCUUCGGAGGCUGUGCUGUAUGCCGAUGUCAUCAAUGAGGUGGUGUCUGACCUAAUAGUACAUCUGGAGGAUGUGAGGGGGGGAAGCCCCUCUGGGGUGAUGGUCCAAGAUGUGGCCCAAAUACUUUACCGAUUCGCCUUAGAAGGCAUCUCGUACAUUCUGUUUGAGACCCGCAUUGGCUGCCUGAAGAAGCAGAUCCCUGCGGAGACGCAGCAUUUUAUCGAUGCUAUCGGAGACACACUGAAGAAUUCAGUCUUUGCCACCCUCCUGCCCACGUGGACCCGGGAAGUGCUGCCCUAUUGGAACCGCUACUUGCAGGGGUGGGACACAAUCUUUGCCUUUGGAAAGAAACUGAUUGAUCAGAAGAUGAUGAUGUUAGAAAAGCAUCUGGACCAGGGUGAGGAGGUCUCAGGCUACCUCACCUACCUACUGUCCACUGGGAAACUUAGCCACAAAGAGGUUUAUGGCAGCAUAGCUGAGCUUCUGCUGGCUGGCAUAGAUACGACAUCCAAUACCCUCUCAUGGGCCAUGUACCACCUAUCACAGGACCUGGAGAUCCAGGAAGCUUUGUACCAGGAGAUUAUCAAUGUGGUGCCCAAAGAUCGGAUCCCAGAUGCUAAAGAUCUCACCAGGAUGCCACUGCUAAAGGCCAUAAUCAAAGAGACUCUCCGGCUGUAUCCUGUGGUCCCUGCCAAUGCUCGAAUCAUUGCGGAGAAGGACGUGGUUGUCGGAGGGUACAAGUUUCCAAAAGACACCCUGUUUGUGCUUGCCCACUAUGCUCUCUCACAUGACGAGACUUCCUUCCCUGAGCCAGAACAAUUCCUACCACAUCGCUGGCUGCGAGAGCACAAGGAAUCAGCUCCCCACCCCUUCAGCUCCAUUCCCUUUGGCUAUGGGGUGCGUGCCUGUGUGGGGCGUCGCAUUGCUGAGCUUGAGAUGCAUCUGGCUCUUGCCAGGAUCAUCCGGACAUUCUCAGUCAAGCCAGAUCCAAACUGCAAAGUGGUGAAGCCGCUCUCCCGCAUUGUGCUUGUGCCAGACAAGCCCAUUAACCUGAAUUUCCUUGACAGAUAGACAGUGCUCUAACUGACCUGGGACUGCAUUCCAGGCUCAUCUGGACAGACUGCAAAGAUUCAAAGCUCAGACUCUCAAGUUUGAUGGGGGUGGAGUGGUAGUGGAUCUCUCUAUGCCCAGAUCAACAUAUACCUGUACAGUACAUGCAGGUAGUAAUGGCCCAAAUGGUACAUUGCAUACAUUCAGCAUUUGAACGGCAGUUUUGGAAAUGUACAUUUCCAUGUGUAAAAGCAAUGUGCAUUUCCAUGUGUAUAAGCAAGAAGAUUUUCCCAGUGCCUACUAACAGCAUAAGCUCCUGUGAGCCCCACAGAGUGAAAUCUCUCCUAUGUUGAGUGAACAAAAAGAGGAAAACAGACUUACUGCUGACUGAUUUUCCAUUUUUAAAAAAACUGGCAGAAUAUAUGUUUGACUGCAGGAGAAGGGCAUAUCCUCCAAAGAAAUGAUACAAAUGAAAUAAAACAU